AGUCGUUUAUCGAACAUGCGGCUGGUGGGUGGUUUUCCGCGGAAAAUUCAGACCGAGAUUCACGUAACCAAACAUCGAUGAAAAAUCAGUUUAUCUGGUAUAUAGAUACGAUUUUGAAUAAACAAUGUAUAUAAACUUUUAGUGGAAGUGAAAAUUGGAUUUGUACAGAUUAGAGAUGGAUGACAGUAAUAAUUCCAUGUCGACCACGAGACGUUGUAUCGUUGCAGUUUUAUGUGGUAGGAUUAGCUUGUUCCUAGUGAUGACUGUUUACGCACUUUUCGGUGCUGUUUUGUUUAGAACAAUCGAAGGUGGUGACGACCACGACGCUCCAGUGGAUUUCCAAAAGAACCGCGAAGAAUGUUUGAAAGAAUUGUGGCUUAUAACGGAACGUCUCAACGUAUUAUAUGAAAAAAAUUGGACAAAAUUAGUAACCGAACAGUUGAGACGUUUCGAAAGAGCCGUAGUGGAAUCGAAAAGAUUAACGGAUCCUCUAAAUGUAGAUUCUCCGCAUUGGAAUUUCGGCGAAGCCCUUUUGUACUCCGUAACCAUCCUUACAACUGUCGGUUAUGGAAAGUUAACCCCCAAAACAGCCCUAGGUAAAUUAGCUACGAUAAUGUACGCUGUAAUUGGAGUACCUCUAAUGUUAGUUCUACUCUCCGCCUUCGGGAGCUUACUAGCUUCGGGUGCAAGAAAAAGUUAUUCGAAGUUAUGUUGUCAAACAAACGACAGCUUAGUUAAAAAUCCUUCCGUAGGUUAUCACAAAGCCCCUUCCAGCCCAUCGACAAAACAUUACUGCAAAUCACAUGAAGACACUGCAUCAAUCCAAACGACUUCAAUCCACAACACACCUAACCACGUCAACUUCAGACCGAAUCACCAUACCCAAUACAUCGAUCAAUCUGAUAUACCGAAACGUUCCCUUCUAGCCACCGUCAGAACUAAUAAUACGAGGGGACGUUCGGUGCGACAAACCCUCGCUGACAACACUAACUCUGUUUGUCCUGCGCAUGCGCAUCACGGUGUACAGAUUAGAAACUCGUCGAUAAUCGGUAUUGCCGUAACUUCCGACUUAGAAGAAGCCGAUGACACCGACGAAAACGAUCACGUUGUUUGCACCCAUGAUACACCAUCUAGAAUACCACUAAUAUUGCGAUCUCAAGAUAACGAUACAACGGCGUCUGGUCUACAGCCGUCACCGUCAGUGCCUGCUCUUUUGGUCCUCGCGAUUUUCGUCGCUUACGUGUGCGCGGGCGCGUUCGCUUUCUCGUCGACGACAAGCGGUAGCUUCAUCGACGCCAUCUAUUUUUGUUUCAUAGCGUUAUCAACUAUCGGUAUCGGGGAUAAUUUACCGCAAACUUCGGAUUUUUAUACUCAAAUUCAAUUAUUAGCGUGUUGUGUUUACAUAUUCGUGGGGUUGGUGGUGGUCGCGAUGUGUUUCAGUUUAGUGCAAGAAGAGGUCGCGUUCAAAUGUAGACAGAUCGCGAACAAUUUGGGCAUAAUGAAAAAUUAAUCGAUAUCUGUGAUUCGAAUAUUUGUACUUGAAAUAAAAAAAGUUUAUUUAUAAUUA